UGGUGAAGGGGUGGCAACAGUUAGGACAUAAAAUUUGUCCCUACUGGCUAACAAAGCUGGAAGGUAUCAUGUUUACUUUAUCACUCAGUUUAUUACACAGUUACUGUUUAAAGAAGAAUAGAGGAUUCAUAACCAUGGAGAAGUAAUAGAGAACCUAAUUAGUGUAAUGUGACAGCUGAGUAAUGGUGGUAUAUAAUGGUUGUUAAAAUGUGUGAGUCACAUGUGAGAACUAAUAUGCACUUGUAUUAUGCACUUUAUUAAUAUUAAGACUGUGCUCUCUUUCACAUUCAUAGAAGCAACUUGACCUCACCAAGGAAGGGGUGGCAGCAUAGAACACAUUCUUUAUUCUGAAUGAAAGAUUCAAAACGUAUAUCUAAUAAUUCGAUUGAUAACAUUUAUACUUUUAAUUGAGUGCCUAGAUAGCUAUUAGUAUCACUAUCAGUCAUGGGAAAAAAGGAGAAGAAGAAGGCAGCUGAAAGGAUAGGCCGCACUGAUAAUGAUCUGACUGAAAGGGAAUGGCAGCAGGUGGGGGAGGUGGUUGAUGGGCUGAUGGAGGGCACAACUUCUACCAGCACUCCAGCCACUACCAGCAAUCCAGCCACUACCAGCAAUCCACUGAAUCCAGCAACUACCAGCAAUCCACUGAAUCCAGCCACUACCAGCAAUCCAGCCACUACCAGCAAUCCAGCCACUACCAGCAAUCCAGCCACUACCAGCAAUCCAGCCACUACCAGCAAUCCAGCCACUACCAGCAAUCCAGCCACUACCAGCAAUCCAGCCACUACCAGCAAUCCAGCCACUACCAGCAAUCCAGCCACUACCAACAAUCCAGCCACUAUCAGCAAUCCACUGAAUCCAGCCACUACCAGCAAUCCACUGAAUCCAGCCACUACCAGCAAUGCAGCCACUACCAGCAAUCCAGCCACUAUCAGCAAUCAACUGAAUCCAGCCACUAUCAGCAAUCAACUGAAUCCAGCCACUACCAGCAAUCCACUGAAUCCAGCAACUACCAGCAAUCCACUGAAUCCAGCCACUACCAGCAAUCCACUGAAUCCAGCCACUACCAGCAAUCCAGCCACUAACAGCAGUCCACUGAAUCCAGCCACUACCAGCAAUCAACCUUUAGUGCCCCCCCCCAUUACCAGUUUUACCUACAGAAGGACUCUUUGGGGGGUACUGGAUACUGGCUGGGGGACAGUGGAUUUAUGUCCUGCCUGUCCCUGGUCACAACAAUAACUGCAGUCAGCAAGCUGGAGGUGGUAAUCGUGAGGCUUUCAGUCAGCAUUCUGGGAGUAGCAGACGGGGCCAUAGACCAGCAGGACAUGCAGCCCAUAGUCAUAGAGGAAGAGGAGCCCGGGUGGGAAGGACUAGGGGAGGCUACCGAGGCCGAGGAAGAGGAAGAUACAGAUACUAUUAAUUAUCUUAAGAAUUAUGUGUUGUUAUUAGAUGAUUUAAUUGAUUAGUUAUUACUGUACUUUUAUUAAUAAUA